GGUUAGACGCCUCCAAACCCGGAAGACACGCGUGUAAGGGAUGGGGAAGAUCUCUAUUCAUUUUACUUGAUCAAACUUUACCGAAUUCACAAAACUUUGACUCCUAUCAGUCGCUUCGGGUCAUACAACAGCUUUGUUAAGGAUGGCAGCGUCUGCGAUCUUCAUCCUGGACCUUAAAGGCAAGGUGCUCAUAUGUCGAAACUACAUGGGUAGUGUGGACAUGAAUGAGAUUGACAACUUUAUGCCUAUAAUGAUGAAGAGAGAGGAAGAUGCAGAUUUGUCACCAGUGGUUAUUCACGGCUCUACCCACUUCCUCUGGAUAAAGCACAGCAACCUCUACUUGGUUGCCAUAACAAAGAAGAAUACCAAUGCUGCUCUUGUAUACUCCUUCCUGUACAAAUUAGUGGAGGUGUUCACUGAAUAUUUCAAGUCACUGGAAGAAGAGAGUAUUCGAGACAAUUUUGUGACGGUAUAUGAGCUAAUGGAUGAAGUCAUGGACUUUGGAUUCCCUCAGACCACUGACAGCAAGAUUUUACUAGAGUACAUCACCCAACAGGGGCAUAAGCUGGAGGUGGGAGCACCACGACCCCCAGCUACUGUAACCAAUGCUGUGUCUUGGAGGUCAGAGGGCAUCAAAUACAGGAAAAAUGAAGUCUUUAUGGAUGUCAUUGAGUCUGUCAACCUAUUGGUCAGUGCUACAGGCAGUGUUCUGCGUAGCGAGAUUCUGGGCUGCAUCAAACUCAAAGUCGUUUUGUCAGGCAUGCCUGAGUUAAGGCUCGGACUCAAUGACAAAGUUCUCUUCGAGAUCACAGGCCGAGAGAAGAGCAAGUCUGUGGAGCUGGAAGAUGUUAAAUUUCAUCAGUGCGUGCGUCUCUCUCGCUUUGAGAAUGACCGGACUAUCUCUUUCAUCCCUCCUGAUGGGGAAUCUGAACUAAUGUCUUACAGACUCAACACCACGGUGAAGCCUCUAAUAUGGAUUGAGAGCGUAAUAGAGAAGUUCUCUCACAGUCGAGUAGAGAUCAAGGUUAAGGCCCGCAGUCAGUUCAAGAGCCGCUCCACUGCCAACAAUGUGUCCAUCUUAGUUCCUGUUCCCAGUGACGCUGACUCCCCCAAAUUUAAGACCACCAUGGGCCAGGCUAAAUGGGUUCCUGAGAAGAGUGCUGUAGAAUGGAACAUUAAAUCCUUCCCUGGCGGGAAAGAGUUCGUGAUGCGAGCUCAUUUUGGACUCCCGAGUGUGGAAAGCGACGAACUCGAAGGCAAGCGACCAAUCACAGUGAAGUUUGAGAUUCCUUACUUCACAGUAUCAGGCAUUCAGGUGCGAUACUUGAAGAUUAUCGAGAAGAGCGGAUAUCAGGCAUUACCGUGGGUGCGUUAUAUUACUCAGAGUGGAGAUUAUCAACUGAGGACCAACUGAGAGAGGACAGCGUCUGUGUAUGUUGUGUGUUCUGUCUGUCCUUUUUCAUCUGUGAGACAGCUACUGCUUUUCACACAGCAGUCGGACUGCAUUUUCUUUUGUCUGAGAUCAGGUUUUACUAAUUAAACAAGGAAGUCAGACCACAAAGUUACUGAAAAACCCCUAAAAAAAUGAUUUUGGAUUGACAUCCAAAGGUCGUUUUACAGAAACACCCUAGAAUCUACUUAUAUGUCUUCUGUUUAAAGAAAUAUUUUCACCCACAUGUCGUUCCAAACCUGUACGCAUUUCUUUCUUUCAUUUAAUCACAAAGGAAUCCAUUCAUAUAAUGUUGUUUAAUGUUUUGGACCCCAUUUACUUUCAUUGUGUGGACAACAUGGUUGAAAACAAUCAAAAUAUCAUAUUUUAUACUCUACGGAAGAAAAGCUGUCAUUUGUUAAUAUUAGGUAAGUGUUAACUGACAUAAACGAGUAAUGAACAAUAUAUUUAUUACGCUGUUUAUUAAUCUUUGUUAAUGUUAGUUAAUAAAAAUACAGUCGUUCAUUGUUUGUUUAUGUUCACAGUGCAUUAAUGUUAACUUGUGAUUUUAAUAUGAAUUAUUAAAUGCUAAAAUUAACUAAGAUUAAUAAUUGUUUUUUCUUAUUUCAUGUUAACUAAUGAGUCUUAUUGUAAAGUGUUACUUAAAAAUGCUUUGCUUAAAAAUAAAGCAAAGUAUUAACUGAAAUAAAAUAAAAUAUGUAUUUUUUUAUUUUAGCUAGUUGCUAGAAGUUUAAGUUAGAGUAUUAAAAUAACUAAAUCUAAAUAUUAACUAAAAAUGAAUAAAACUACUGUAUAUAGAUAUAAAAAAAUGACCAAAACAUACAACAAAUUUACUAAAACGAACUAAAAAUCGAAUGAAAACAAAUAUAAUCAAUUCAAAAUGAACAAAAACUAUAAAAUAAACUACCGGUCAAAAGUUUUUGAACAGUAAGAUUUUAAUGAUUUUUUAGAAAAAGUCUCUUCUGCUCACCAAGCCUGAAUUUAUCUGAUACAAAGUACAGCAUAAACACUAAAAUUUUGAAAGAUUUUUACUAUUUAUAAAUAACUGUUUUCUAUUUGAAUAUAUUCUAAAAUAUAAUUUAUUCCUGUGAUUUCAAAGCUGCAUUUUUAGCAUCAUUACUCCAGUCACAUGAUCCUUCAGAAAUUAUUGUAAUAUUCUGAUUUGAUGCUCGAAAAACGUUUAUUAUUAUUAUGCUGAAAACUGCUGAGUAGAUGCUGAGCAUUUAUCUGAAACAGAAAAUAUUUGUAACAUUAUAAAUGUCUUUAUCAGUGUCUUUUGAUCAAUUUAUAACAUCCUUGCCAAAAAAAAAAAAAAAAAAAGGAUUAAUUUCUAAAAUUUCUUAAAAAAAAUACUGAUUCCAAGCGUUUGAAUGAUAUAGUGUAUAAAGUGACAAAGCUUUUUUAUUUCAGAUAAAUGCUGAUCUUUGGAUCUUUCAAUUCAUAAAAGAAUACUGAAAAAAUGCACUCAACGGUAUUAAAUAUUGAUAAUAAUAAUACUUUCUUUUUUAGCUUUGAUCACAGGAAUAAUUUACAUUUUAAAAUAUAUUAAAAUAGAAAACAGUUAUUUUAAACAGUAAAAAUAUUUCACAAUAUUACAGCUUUUGCUGUAUUUUAGAUCAAAUAAAUGCAGCCUUGGUGAGCAGAAGAGACUUUUUUUUUAAUACAUUAACAUUAAAAAUCUUUUGACUGGUAGUGUUUAUCAAUCACAACAUUUAUAUACAUUCUCAAAAUGAGCAAAAUGAACAAUAUUGUGAUUAAACUACCUUAUUUAAACACAGUACUUUGAUUAAAUUGAUGCGAUUAAGCUCAUAAUUAUAGCAACCAUAAUUAUAGCAAAAUAUGUCUUGCAAUAAAAUGCAAUGCAAGGCAUGUAAACAUUUCUAAUUAUUGAAAAUAAUCACAUUGGUGCACCUGUAAAUGUAGUUAAAGAUACUAAAAUAACACUGCGCAGGUUUGGAGCAACACGGGGGGAUUUUUUUCUUUUUUUGACAGAAUUUUCAUUUUUAUUUAAAUUAUCCCUUUAACUUGUCAGAUUCUCACUUAAGCUGCUUAUUUUCAUUUCUGCUGUAGGUGGCGGGACUAUCUCUCCGUGUGAUAUGAUCUUAUGUCUGUAGAGCUGUAAACAUAACCACAGGCCCAAUGAAAUGAAUACCUUGUGCUCAAAAUCAAUGAUUAAUAAGGCAGCGUACUGUUAGGACACCACUGUAACACUAUAUUUUCACCAGAGUGGCCCAUGUCUUUGUCUUUAGCUUGGUUUGUUUCUGCUCGUUUGAAAUACCACAAAUGCCUACACACUUUUAUAGGUGAAAAUGCUUAAUGACAUUACCAUGAACCAGCUCAGCUGCAUGUUGAUGCUGUAUUAAUUAUGAUUGCGUCUGUUUCUUUAAACCACAUCAGUCAACACAUUCAAUCACUCAUCAUUUUUGUAUGUCAUUGUAAGUGUUCACACUGGGAAAAUCCUCUCAGAUUUUCUUUCAUUCA